GUUCCCUCAAAACCACUUUAAAAUCUACCCAGAGGUCAAUCGGCCAACUUCGACCCAAGCUUUCUGAUUUCAUAAUCAGCGGUUCUCCUCUGAAACAUGAACACGUCUGGGAACUUGACUGACCCGUGCACUCCUGUCGGUCCGGACCGGCAAGUGGCGUCGGCAGUGGUGUAUGGACUGGUUCUUGUCGUGGGUCUACCGCUCAACACGUUGUCCCUGUGGAUCCUGCUGCGCAGUCACGGGUUCCGGUCCCCGUGCGCCGUGCUCAUGGUGAACCUCGCCGUGUCCGACCUGCUCCUCGCGCUCUCCCUGCCGCUGCGCGUCUACUUUUACGCAACGCUCAAGUGGCCGUUUGGAGCGGCCACAUGCACUGCUGCCAUCGUUUUGUUUCGCGUGAACAUCAGGACGAGCUCUAUCUUCAUCACUUUAAUCAGCGUGGACCGGAUGGUCGCCCUGGUCUUCCCUCUGCGCUCCCGCUCUCUGAGAACCUCCGCGUGCGCGCUGAAGUGCUGCGCGGUCGUGUGGAUCCUCAUCUCCAUCCUUUGCAUCCCCGAGAUUAUAAAACUCUACGGUUCCCUGAAGCAGUGUUCCAGCGAAUCGUGUUUUGAGGUUAAAGCGCAAGAAAAAGACUCAGUAUUCGCGCUCUCACAAGCGAUAUUUUUAUUAAUACUCCUGCUGGUCAAUAUCGUCUCCACGGUCGUGGUCAUAAUCACACUGAGGAAGCGUCCCAGCGCUGACGCGGCCAAGGUGAACAACAAAAUGAACGUCAUACUGAUUUUUGUCGUCAACAUGUUGGUGUUUAUGAUAUUUUUCCUGCCGUUUACUUUACAACUCUUGUGGUUCAAUGAGAAAAAAGACAGAACGAAUAUACCAGCAGUCGUGUGCCUGGCGAGUGUCAACUGCUGUCUGGAUCCGCUCAUCUACUACUUCUCUCUGGACUCGUUCUGGCAGGACAAGGGGAAAAAACAAACUGAUGCAGGCACUCAUUCCCUCAGCAGGACGAUGGAAAUGUCUUGACAAGCUGAGAACAGAUAGGAUAACAGAUAGAUCCCCAAUGGGACAUGGCGAUGGAUACAAAUGUGAGAUGGAAGGAAAAUUAUAUUAGUGUUUUUCGUGUGCUUGAGAAAAUUAGCGUUUGCUCGCAAAAUUAUUCAAUUAAAGUGAAAUCAGGUAAAUUGGGCACUUUUGCCACAGAGAUAACUUGGAAAAAUGUAAAAUAAUACUGUAUUCACCACUAUAGGUUUUCCUCUGACGUUAUAAUAUUAAUUCCAUCGCAAGAG